CGACAACAUGUCGAAUGGCAAGCCCAAGGUAGAGAUCCCGGCAUGGCAGCGAGCUGGCGCUCAACCCGAGCCAGCGCCCGCCGACGACCCCGUCCACAGCCAACCGCAACACGAAGAGAACAAUGAUAGCACUCCGGCCGAAGCGAAAGAUGAUGUUCCGGAUGAAGUGGCCCCCUCUGUAGCAGCUACCGACCAUGCACGAACCGAAGCAUCUCAGCCAGAAGAGCAAGCCGAGAAGCAGCAAGAUGUCACUCAGGCCGAAGACUUCGAAAGCUUCAAGUCACGACAGCAACAGCAGCCUGUCCAGCAGAGUGCACCGCCACCGCAGCGACAACAGGAGCGACCGCCGCCUAUUAUCACGUAUCCCGAAUUUUUGGUAGAAGCUCAGAAGCCUCCUCCUCUAGUCACUCCUGGCCGAGUGCUGAAUGCAUUGUACGCGGGAGGGGCUGUUGCUGCAGUCCUGUAUGGAGCCAGCAGAUGGCUUAUUACACCAAUGGUAGACGCGCUAUCUGAGUCGCGACACGACCUCUUCAGCCACACGCAGACCAAGAUGGAUGAGUUCAACGAGCGUCUUGCAAAGAUCGCGAGCAAAGUGCCAGAGUUCAAGGCGGAUCAAGCCGAGUUCGAUGAUGAUAACGCAAGCGAUACCAGCGACCCAACGGAGCUUUAUCAUCGAGAUAUGGGCACGCAGACAUCUCCCCCGCAGACCCCGAGUCCAGCGACGGGAGCAGAAGUCAAGAGAGAUAUGGUCACGCACGCAGAGGACACUCUUAAGAUCAUAAGAGAGCAUAUCAGUGAGCUGGCAGACGGCUCAGACAAGGCAGGCGAAGCGCACAAAGAUAGACAGGAGAGUGUCAACACCCUGCGACAUUAUCUUGAUGGCUUGAUCUAUGGCGCUGCAGGUGUUGGCACUUGGACGCAAUCUGAAGAUGCCAUGACGAUGAAGAAGAAUGGUACAGACGCUGAUGGCAAGGAUGGCAUCGAAGAAUUGAAGAAAGAAAUCAGAGGCGUCAAAGGCGUUCUGCUCAGCGCAAAACGCUUUCCAGCUGUUAGCAGGCCUAUUGGCGCAACAGCAUAGUCAGCGUCGAGCGAUGCGUGAAGCUGCUGCCGCCAGGUGUGUAGCAGGUAGGACCAAACCAAAACCGAGCUGGCCAAGAAAGCACAAACCGUCUCAAGCCGCGGACUGGAAGACCAGCUGACUUGUGCGCGCCCAUUCGUCAUAUAUCUGAAGUGGUUGACGUGGUGCUUGAGCCACUUCCGCUUCUGACACCAGAUCUCGUCGACAUCAUCACCAAGAAUCCAACCACAUCCCUGUCGCCGCAGAUUCGAACAGCAUCAGAUAAUGCAGCCACUAAAUCG